CACCUGAUUAAUUAAAGGGUCGGAAAACGCGUCGCGCCACGUGUUACUUUCGUAAACUACUUUGCCCUCAACCAUUCUCGACGAGGGACAUACGAGCAGCAUACGAUUCUGACUUUCAGUCAUGUCCAAAACUGCAAAGGCCAAAGACCAAGUUGUGCGACUUCUCAUAUCAGCAGGGAAGGCUGCGCCUACGCCGCCUGUGGGACCAGCCCUUGGUGCUCGAGGUGUCAAAUCCAUGGAUUUCUGCAAAGAAUUCAAUGCUAGGACCGCUCACGUUGAACCGGGGGUACCUACUCCCACACUUAUCACUAUACGUCCAGACCGCACAUUCUCCUUCAUUACCAAAACACCCCCUACGUCCUAUCUGCUCAAAAAAGUCACCGGUAUCGACAAGGGUCCCGCAAAACCUGGUCAUGAAACCCUUGCUACUAUCAGUCUCAAGCAUGUAUAUGAGAUCGCGAAAAUCAAAGCGACGGAUGAUCAUAUGAGUCAUUUAUCUCUUGAAAACAUAGCCAGAAUGGUGAUCGGAACUGCGAGAACAGUGGGGGUCCAAGUAGUUCCUUGAGUAAUUUGAGAAACCUUCUAUUAAAUGUCGGACUUCAUAGCGGCUCUGGCUCGUUGCAUUGUACUCGGAAGGAGCUCUUUCGGAGCGAAUGGUCAUUGUACCGAUUACAUUAGGAACAGCGUACUCUAUAUUUUUCCUUGGUCUCGCCGAACAGGAACUCAGAUAGAUUAGGCUUCAAUGGAAUAU